UAGAUACAUUGUGGACGCUUGCAUUAGGAAAUUAGAUAUCCAGAAGCAGCAAUGGUGCAGCAGCCUUGUAAUACUCUGUGUGCAUUUAGCUCUCUGUGACUGGGCAGACGCAGGACUUCAAACAGAUACCGACGAUUUUCCUCAUCUAUCUGAGGUGGAUGUGAUAUUCGAGAGAGACAUUAACAGAACGUGUAUCAUGGCUGUGGCCGGAUGUCCGGAUUAUUUUCUACACCAUCCAAAUUACCAGCAGGAUAAUGUAGAUCGAGCUGCCAAUCACAGACAAGCAGAUCUGAUUGGACCAAGUUUUCAGCAGUCAGCCAGCCACAAUUCACCCAGCCAUCAAGAGGAUGACGUGGAUCUGGAGGCUCUGGUGAAUGACAUGAACUCUUCUUUGGAGAGUCUGUACACUUCAUGCAAUGUGCAAUCCGAGUCCACUCCACUUCUGCACAAUGGCCAGCCACACCGACCCUCCGCCUAUCACACACACGCUCAGCCCAUCUCCCCACACCAGAGACUGCGGCGGUCCCAGCCCAUGAACAUCCUCGCUGUCAGAAGACUUCAGGAAGAGGCACAACAGUACCGGACGUCCUCUCUGCCUGCCAUCCCAAACCCCUUCCCGGAGCUCUGUAGUCCUGCCAGUUCCCCAACGCUCAGCUCUGGCUCCUUACCUCAGUGUCAGCCCUCAGACAAAUAUAUUAUAAAAAUAUUCAGCGAGGAUGGGAUGGGAAAGAUGGUGGAGAUCCCAGCCGACAUGACGGCGCGAGACCUGUGCCAGUUUCUUGUCUAUAAAAACCAUUGUGUGGACGAUAACAGUUGGGCGCUUGUGGAGCAUCAUCCAGCCCUGGGACUCGAGAGAUGUUUAGAAGACCAUGAACUGGUUGUCCAAGUGCAGACAUCAAUGAUCAGCGAGAGUAAAUUUCUCUUCAGGAAGAACUAUGCCAAAUAUGAAUUCUUUAAAAAUCCCUUGAACUUCUUCCCAGAGCAAAUGAUUGCCUGGUGUCAGGAGACCAAUGGGACCAUCCCCCCAUCUCAGCUCUUGCAGAACUUCUUGAACUCCAGCACUUGUCCUGAGAUCCAGGGAUAUUUGUAUGUGAAAGAGAUGGGCAGGAAAUCGUGGAAGAAACUGUAUGUGUUUUUAAGACGGUCAGGAUUGUAUUUUUCGACAAAAGGAACAUCAAAGGAGCCCAGGCAUUUACAGCUACUAGCAGACCUGGAGGACAGCAAUGUCUUUACAGUGAUAACUGGGAGAAAGCUGCACAGUGCACCGACUGACUUUGAAUUCUGCAUAAAACCUAACAAAGUAAGGAAUGAAGUGAAGGAACUAAGGAUGUUGUGUGCUGAGGACGAACAGAGCAGAACAUGCUGGAUGACAGCCUUCAGACUCUUUAAGUAUGGAAUUUUACUCUAUCAAAAUUACAAGAUCCACCAGCAGAGAAAAACGUUGCUUUCACACUUCUCAGCGCCUGUGAGGAGUGUUUCAGAGAGCUCUCUGGUCGCCAUGGAUUUCUCAGGGAGGAUAGGCAGAGUGAUCGACAAUCCUGUGGAGGCACAGAGUGCUGCCAUGGAGGAGGGACAUGCCUGGAGAAAGAAAAGUCAACAGCGUAUGAAUAUUUUAGGAAGCCCCAGCUCUUUACACCCCUCAUCAUUAAGCGGAGUUAUCCACAGAACUCAGCUGUGGUUUCACGGUCGUAUUUCACGGGAAGAAUCCCACAAGCUGAUCCAUCAGCAGGGCAGAGUGGAUGGAAUGUUUCUUUUGAGGGACAGCCAGAGUAAUCCUAAGGCCUUUGUACUCACACUGUGUCACCACCAGAAAAUCAAACAUUUUCAAAUUUUGCUGUGUGAAGAAGAUGGUCAAAUGUUCUUGAGUCUCGAUGAUGGCGCCGUCAAAUUUACAGACUUGAUCCAGUUGGUGGAGUUCUACACGCUCAACAGAGGAGUUCUGCCUUGCAAACUGAAACACCCCUGCACCAAUGUGGCCUUAUGACCUCCAUAUGCCUGAUUUCGCCUAAAGACAAACAUUCAGACGAUGUGUGCUGUGGUGUAAUGCUGUGCUGCUUGGCUGGAGAAAAGAGCAAGUCAAGGAGAGAGAGAGAGAGAGAGAGAGAGAGAGAGAGAGAGAGAGAGAGAGAGAGAGAGAGAGAGAGAGAGAGAAAAAUCAAAACAACACAAACAGGGCCAGCAAGAAUUAAGAAAAUUAAGCUUGUGCGUUAGAUGAACCUCUCAGCCACCCGCACACUAAACCGUGGCCAGGGCAGGUUCUCAGGACAAUCAUCCAGAGGAAGCCUUCAGGAUCCGCCUUCAGGUCUUAAUCGUGCAGAUGUGAUAGUUGUUUGGAAAUGGCCAGCAAAACACUUAUCAAUCACGUUUGAUUUUAUUUUGCACUCAUGAACCAGGAACAACCAAGCUAUAACAAUUGUUACUUAAAAAAAAAAAGAGUCAAGCAGAUUCUAGAAUGUGGACAACAGGUUGGUGGUUUCAGUACUGUGAAAAGACACUGCCGACCGUUGAAUUUUUUGCUUUUUGUCACUUUCAUCCAUAAUUUGAAUAUUUAGACAUACACUUGCUUUUUUUCCGUAAAUGCUCGUCGUUUUGAGUAAAAAAAAAACUUAAUGUUUUGGGUCUUGUUUAGUUCCUGCUUUACCACAAAACAUAGCCUGCAGCUAUCUGCUGCCCAUACCCAGACGUGACGUGUCUCCUUCAAGGAAUAGUUUACCUCAAAAAUUAAACUGUGUUAUAUAAGUUAUUAUGACGUUUUGUAGAAAACGGGAGAAAUAUGUAUUUGACGUCCAAAAAUGGCGUAUUUCAAGUCCGUUCCAUUGAAGCCAUACAGUAAAGACCAAUUUAUUUUAGUCCUGAAAGGUCUGAGUAAGGACUAAAGCCCUAUUCAAACCAAGGAUGAUAACUAUACAGGUCAGAGUUCAGAACACGGUUAUAAUGCUGAAGAUGUAGAUAAAUUAUGUCAUUAAUAAUGACUUUCAGAACUUCUAAAACAGUGAUAGCAGUCAGAAUACAUAAUAAAUUACAAAGAUCUUUUUCAAUUUAAAACUACAUUGUGGAGAAGACAUUGCUUAAUGUUAAUCCUCCUUUUUUAAAGAUUAUUUAAAUAUAACGUCCAUUUUGAAAACAACAUAGGAGCAGUGUUAAAUAACAUGGAUGCUAUGGAAGCCAGGCUAGCAAAUUAAAGUAUAAAAUAAAAGUACCUUAAAUAUCCAUUGCUAGCUUUUGCAUCUUUGUUGCCACUUUUGAAAAUUCUGAGGAAAAAUAUACAUCUUUUUUCCGCGAUUUCUUCCCGUUUGAUUAGAUUGAACAGCACACUGAGGACAUCUGCUGGUUACUUGUCGGUAAUGCAAAAAUAAAAGUAUAAGCCAAAAGUAAACAGAUUGCUCUCGUUUGCUGGUAUGGACGCAAAUAUAGUCAUUAUCGUUAUAUCUAUAUGCAUAGUUAUCAUCCUUAGUGUAAACGGCCCUUAAGACCUAAAGAGGGUUGAAUUCAAUUGAAUUGAAAGACCAUGAAAAUAUAAGUUUAGAGUACUAAAACAAUGCGUUAUGAUAGCUUUGUUUGAAAAAAAAAUCUAACCAACCACAGUUCACAUCUACACACCCCUGCUGAAAAAAAAAAACUGUUUAAACCAGUCUAGGCUGGUUUUAGCUGGUUGACGAGCCUGAUUUUAGAGGGGUUUUGGCCAUUUCAUGGUUGAUUUCCAGCUUAGGCUAGUUUAGGCUGGUUUAAGCUGUUUUUUCAGCAGGGUCAUUAUAAAAAAGGUGGUUACAAUGGUGAUAAUGAAAAACAACAAGGACAAAAAAAUUGAAAGAUGGCUAAAUUUUAUUUUUGAGGCAACUAUUCCUUUAAACAGGCGUGCAAGCAAAACAUGGCCUGACAUUCCCACCAGAUCCUAUAGGAACGGUGCCUUGAACAGAGGAGUCUGUUGAGUUCAGUGAAAUAAAAACCACUAAACCCUCUGGGAACUCCGCUGUGGGUCGCAGUCUUUCAGGAGCUAGAUCAACAAACUGGAAUCUCUUUAACUGCUGUCAUCUUCAGUCCCAGCUCCAGUCCAUUUGGUUGUUGACUUUCUAUUUUUUUUUUUCUCGAUGUUUCGGAAGAUUGUUUCGAGGACAGCACACUGUGAAGCCCGGGCUAAGAACACCCAAGGAACAAUGGGGUUCAAAUUUCUAAUCUGCCUUGUCCAUGGUAGCAGUAGGUACAAUGGAUUUGUAAAGUUUUUUUUUUUGUACUUAUGACGCAAUGUAAAGAAAGAGCCAUGUUUUUAGUAUUGUGUUCUGCUAGAUUGAGAGGGCCUAGCCACCAUGUCUACAAGUUCACCCAAGAGACCAGUACAUAGAUAAAUGCAAAUGACGCAAUGAAUAAUAAGCAUUGCUUCAACAAAUUUAUUUAUUUAUCUGGAUUUGAUUACUUGAAAUUUAGUAUUGUUUUUAGUUUUUUUCUUUUCUCAGCGCUGUUGAAACUAUUGUUCCAUUUAUUUUUUGUGAAUUUUUUGGACCUCAGUUAACUAGACCCCCUUUGUAAAAAAAUUUAAGACUAAUUUUCAUCAAUAUCCUAGUGUAGAAUCACAGUCUUUAUGGACCUUAUUUGUGGUAGUCAUGUAGUGCAAUUUUCUUCAAUGGUUUUUAAUCUUACAUUUCUUGCUGUCAACGAUUUUAUUAAAAACACCUGAAGAAAAAAAAGAAAAUCCAGUUAACAUUGCGACCCAUUGAACCAGUGGUGUAGCAAGUCAGUAUCCAGAUACAUUUUUAACAAUUAUUUGAUGGGACAUUCAAAACAUACCAAACUAUACCAUUAAAAAACCCAACAACUUUUUCACAACCUGACUGGAACUUAAAAAAGAAAAAAGUCUAAAGUAAUAAAGGUCCACCCAAUAUUUCAGUGAUAAAAUACUGCAUGCAAACACAAAUAAUAUUGGCACAGUGGCCCAAAAUGCAAAAAAAGCACCCCCCCCCCCCCCCCC